CCUUGUUCUGUCUCUGUGUUGAGCGCAUGGCUCAGCAGUACUCUCCUGACCAUGUGCUCUACCUUAGAGGUCUUCACGGGUCCACCCUGACCCGGGACCCGUACGGGUUCGGAUCUACGUUUUAUACGGUCAGCCGGCUCUGGGUCGGGUCACGUCACUUUCUAUUGCUGCGGGUCUCAGGUCUGUUUAACAUUAUGUGUAAUACCCGAGUCGAUCCGAGAAGACCCGGCCGUGAUCAGACAGCACUGAUGAUGAUGGUACUGUGUGUGUGUGUGUUGUAACUUAAAACAUUGUAACUUUAGGAUGAGAGAGUGCGGGCGUGAAUACGGUGAAAAAUGGAGCGGAGCCACAACGAGUUGAGAGACGUCAGAGGCAGAGUGGAGUUAAGGCACAUGAUAGCAAAUUAGCAGUGCUAACGUUAGCAGCCGUGGCAAUGAGCAAUCGUUAUUAUAGUAUAUUAAAAGGGCAAACAGUCGAAGUUAGCUUAUGCGAGAUACCAAAAAACUGCAAAGCUGAUUCUAAACAAGUCGCGUUUGUCAUCAGUCACCGUGACAGCAAGUGGACUUUUGAAACUGAAAUAAUGAGUGGACAAGCUAUGCUAUUUCAAUCAGCAAGAGAGGAAUCACAGAAAACCUGGAUGUAUUUUACCAACUUUCUUGGCAAGGAGGAUGGAUUAUAUGCAUCACGGCCAGACACUGGGGAGAAUGUUACAUUAGAUGUGGAAAGCAGCCGUUGGUCAGUCUGUCUCUGUUGCAGUCGAUGAUGGAGGAGAUGACUGGGAGACUGACCCUGAUUUUGAGAAUGACGUGUCAGAGAAGGAGCAGCGAUGGGGUGCCAAGACUGUGGCUGGCUCUGGACAUCAGGAACACAUCAAUAUUCAUAAGCUGCGUGAGAAGGUGUCGUGUGAACACAGUGACCUGAAGCAGAAAGAGCUGGACAACAUGCCCAAAGCAUCUCAUGGAUAUGGAGGAAAAUUUGGACUGCAGCAGGAUCGAAUGGAUAAGUCUGCUGUGGGUCAUGAGUAUCAAAGUAAAUUGUCUAAGCAUUGCUCUCAGACCGACACAUCGAAGGGGUUUGGAGGGAAAUUUGGAGUGGAAGCCGAUCGUGUUGACCAGUCUGCCGUGGGCUUCGAGUACGCUGGAAAAACAGAGAAACAUGCCUCGCAAAAAGACUACGCCACUGGGUUUGGCGGCCGCUACGGCGUGCAGGCAGAUCGCGUGGAUCAGAGCGCUGUUGGCUUCGAUUACCUGGGUAAAACUGAAAAACACGAGUCGCAGAAAGAUUAUGCCAAGGGGUUUGGCGGCAAGUUUGGAGUGGAGACUGAUAAAGUUGACAAGAGUGCUGUGGGAUUUGAGUAUCAGGGCAAGACUGAAAAACAUGAGUCACAGAAAGAUUAUGUCAAGGGAUUUGGGGGGAAAUUUGGCGUUCAGACGGAUCGUCAGGAUAAAUCUGCAUUAGGGUGGGACCACCAGGAGAAACUGCAGCUGCAUGAGUCACAGAAAGAUUAUUCUAAAGGAUUUGGAGGGAAGUAUGGUGUGCAGAAGGACCGAAUGGACAUGAGCGCCAGCACGUUUGAGGAGGUGGAGAAACCAAGUGCUGCAUAUCAGAAGACCAAACCCGUUGAAGCAGCUGGCAGCAAUGCUGGCAGUAUUAAGGCUCGGUUUGAGAACAUUGCAAAACAGAAAGAGGAGGAGGAUAAAAAGAGAGCCGAGGAGGAGCGUGCUAGACGACAGGCCAAGGAGAAUCAGGAGCAGGAGGCAGCACGCAGAAGGCAGAAGAAGGAAUCUGCAAGUGAGAAUGUGGAGAAUGGUGCUAAUUUGGAUGUGGUGAAACCUGCUGCAGCAGAAUUCACAAAUGAAGAACCGCUUCAGGAAGACUUGUACCAGAACCCUGAGCCGGACAGUCAGUACCAGAACACAGGUGAUCAGUCAUAUGAGUAUGGAGAGGAUCUGGGUGUAACCGCUGUAGCUCUGUACGAUUAUCAAGCUGCGGGUGAUGACGAGAUUUCCUUUGAUCCUGAUGACAUCAUCACCAACAUUGAGAUGAUCGACGAGGGCUGGUGGAGGGGGGUGUGUCGUGGUGCAUACGGACUCUUCCCUGCCAAUUAUGUUGAAGUCCGGCAAUAGACCCACUUUAUGCACUGUUUAAAUCGCAGUGCAUCUUUGUAGAACAUGUCGCCCGACGCUUCCACACCUCCACUGCUUCAUCCCUUCACUCCUGCUUCUCUUCUCUGUAGUGUGCUAGGUGCUCUCAGACUGCUCUCUUCAGCUGAAACUCGAACUGUACAGUUCAUGUUAAUUUAUCCUGUGUAAGUGAGUGAGACUUUACUCCAACCACUGCCAAUAUACAUUUUAUGAUACUUAUAGUUUUAUUCACUCCAUAGUGUGUACACACACACACACCCACAUGAGAGUGUGAAGUAGAGGUGGUUGACCAAAGAUAGGGGAAUAAUGUCAGUUAUCAUGUACAUGGGUGGAUUCUUCAUGGAAUAAGUCUGUGGCGACUCCUGUAGCUCCUAAAUCUGCUAAAAUUCUUCAUCUUUUUCUCUCAUCUAGCAGUGUUUGAUAAAGGUCUAUAAAAUGUUUCUGGUAUUUGAAGAGGUAUGUAUUAAAAUCAGAUGCUAAUGGCUUGUUCUGUAGUGUGAAUGUACAUCUCAUUUGCAUCGAGUCUCAUGUGCUUUUUCAUUUCUGAUUUAUAUGUAUGUAAAUUCUGUGGGUAUAUUUGACUAAAUCUGGAGUCUGUGAGUGUAUGACAUUUCUAAUUGUGAUGGCUGAAUCAUUAUCAAGCGAUCUUUUGACAAUUGACAGUCCAGUGCAGGUGCAGUGGAAUAUUGUAUGAAGGCUUAGCAACGAUUAAUGUCAUUUAUCUGUGUUGCAUUUUUAGUUGUGACCUUUGAAAACAUUGUCUCUGCUUAUCUAUAUUGGCUCUCUUUCCAUGUUUUUAUAAGAACUCAAUUAAGAAUAAAGAAAUGAACUAUUA